AUGAAGAACAGAAUCAUUGCUGAUGGCGGCUCAGUCCAAAAUAUUCCCAACAUUCCUGCUGAUAUCAAAGCAUUGUACAAGACUGUUUGGGAGAUCAGCCAACGAACUAUCGUGCAGAUGGCUGCUGAUCGAGGUGCAUUCAUUGACCAAUCCCAGUCUCUCAAUAUUCAUCUCAAGGAGCCUACCAUGGGCAAGAUCACCUCCAUGCAUUUCGCUGGGUGGAAACUUGGCUUGAAGACGGGAAUGUACUACCUGCGUACCAUGGCCGCCUCUGCGCCCAUCCAGUUCACAGUGGACCAGGAGCAGCUUCAAGUAGUAGACACGAAUGUGGCGCGUCAGCGAGCAGCACCAAAGAAGAGACUCACCUCUAGCGGGUAUAACGGUUCAUACGCAGCAAUUCCCAGACCAAUGUACGCCCAAAAAGGCAGCGGCCACGGAUCCGCAACAUCCGUCAAUAUGACAAAAUUCGUGCAAAAUAGCGACAGGGAUGCUGACAGGGAUGCGCAUGGAAAAAACGCGUUUUACUACUCAAUGGUCGAAUAUCUGGUGUUUGACCAACUCAUACCCGCUGCAGCAAAAUCCAACAAAUAA